AUGGCAGAGAGACUACGGCAAAAAAUCGCGGAAUUAAAAGUUCGUUUGGAUCAGGCCGAAGCCAGGAGUGAGUGUUUUAAGGAGAGCUUACAUGAAGUUGACAAACGAAUCGACUGCGCCGAAGCUACAGCAGCAGCGUUACGGCAGCAAGCCACAUUGACUGAGGUUGAGAUAAAGAGGAUAUCGUCUCGUUUGGAGAAUAUCGAAGGACAGUUGUGGUCAACUGGCGAGACUUUGAAAAGGAACGAACGGGCAAUGGACAAUCUAGCCACUGAGGAAGUUCAAAUGAACGCAAAACAGAACACACUGCACGAAAAAUUGAAAACUGUAAAAGACUCAGUGACCAUCAACGAAUCCAAGUUGGGCGAAGCCUCUCGUCGGAUCAAAGUGGUUGAACUGCAGAAGAAGCUCGCAGAGAAACGUUGUCAGCGUUUGUCAGAGCUAGAAGGUCAGCUUCACGCCAGAUUAUCAGAAGUCAACAAAACCGUGGAGGAGUUGCAGUCGAGUCCACGACAGGGGAUGAGUGAAGAAGAAGAACAGGCCCUCAACGAAAAAAUCGAAGAUCUUAAAAACAGCUACAUAGAGUCUGAGGCUAAAGCUGAAUUGGCGCAAAGAAAAAUAGCUGCGCUAAGCUACAAACGCAACGAACUGCAGAACGAACUUCAGGAAAUCACUGAGAAAAAACAGUGGGUGAAAGACGAAUUAAACAGGGUGUAUAAUGACAUUGGUCUAUAACCACAUAGAAACUAAGCAUGUUACAUACUGGUUUUCCUGCACAUUUAACCUGUUGUCAAAUUGUAAUGAUCGUGGUAUGUUAAAUCAAUUAUUGACAAAAUGUCAUCCGUCAGAGGUUUGCUAAGCUGAGACUACUGUCACGCAUUUUAACGUAACUCGUGGAUGGUCAGUGAAGUCACUUUCGCGCUAUAAGGACACAAGACCGUAAGAAAUAUAGUCCACAUACAAUAAAAAAACACUUCAAUCCAAAAGAAUUGUUUUUGUCAUUGAUUUUUUUCCAUUUAUUUUCCUUUUCUAAGACGUAGUUUAUUAACCGUUUAACUCCCAAGAGCUAACUGUUAAUGUUUCUCUCUAGCUGCUACACAUUUCCUUGGAAUUAAUUACGAGGAUUUGGUGUUAGAUCGAGGUAACUUCUACCUGAUAAGUUUGAGUAUUCUUAUUAACCUAUUUGUUGGAUAACGUAUGGAUAUUAAAAUGAAAAGUUACAUCUUAAUCACUUCUCAGAGUUUAAGGGUUAAAGAAAUAACCUACUAUGACAUACAGGAGUGAUACAGGAGCAAGAUAUUCACAGCUACGUCCAAAACCUCAGUGAUUUUCCUAAAAAGGUAAUACGUGCCGUGAGUGGAGCUUCUCGUCUUCUUGCAUGGGACCAUUUCCGUUGAUUUGUGGAUCUUCUGAUUGAUAUCCUUCCGGUAUCCUUUCAGGUAGGUGCUAUUUUAUGAUGUCUGAAUGUUUUUGUUGUUGUUGUUGUUUUUGCUUUGUGCAAAAUUACCUUUAAACUGAAUGAAACCACUUUUUAUUAGCUUGUUCGAGGAAUCAUAGCACUUUUCCGUCUAAGAUCGUGAGAUUGUGCGAAUCAAGUACGCGAGAGCGAGCGUGGAGGGGGAGCAAAAACAACACUACCUGCGUUCCAUAAAUUCCCCCGCGGCUCUCAGCUUGUUUGCGCUCUGGAUGAUAAUGUGAAAAAGAACGAGGUUUGUUGGAAGAAAAAAAACCAACAGCAGUCCCUCUGUGUUCGCGUUUACUAAACACCCCGCAAUUCCUAUCUACUUGUCUGGAUGAUAAUCUGAGAAAGUAGAAGAUUUGUGAACUGAUAACAAUCGCGUCCUCUAAUUUUCCAGGUUUAGUAAGUACAAAAAAACUUCAAACUGGAAGGAUAAGCUAAAAAUAAAAUUUUUAAGAUGAAUAAUCCUGAAGAAUCUCCUUAAGGUUGCAAUGUACCCUAUAGAAACCACCUUGUGAAGAGUCCGCUGGUAGGCAGGUAUUGCCGACCUUAUAUUGAUUUUUAUCCGAUACAAGUUUUUGAACAAAACCGAUCAUAAAUUACUUGACUUUCUUAUGAGCAUGAAGGUCAGUUCCAGACCAUAAUUCGCCAAACGUUCAACCUGAUGGGCAUGUCACAUGUGCGGGUACCAGAUUUAAAUAAAGAAAUGUUAACCUGUCUCCUAAAAAUAUAUACUAGUAUAAAUAAAUAUAUACAUCUAAUUUUUAUUGUAGAGCUUGUACAAUUUAUUGAUGAUCUAUAAACGAAAGUUUGCCUUCUUGCAUUGCUAGGCUACGUGUCUGAUAAUUCUUUUGAGCUGUUUGUAAAGGAGCUUAACCUGAAAUUAAAUCUUAGAAAUUGAGAGUGGUUGCUCAAUAUAAUAAACAUUUCAAACCUCCUAAAGUCACUUUCAUCUCUUCUAGAAGAGCCAUAUACAUGAGAGGCCAGAUAUUUUGACAGAAAAUAUGACCUAAACUUCUUGUAAUUGAUGGUCUUUUUUUAAGCGGGAAUGCUUACUUUUCAUGGAGGUUAAUGUGCAGUUUUCAGCGCUCACGAAUUACGUAUCGAUACAGACGACUCGAGAAAGGACUCUUUAACAACAAAAUUACUGAUCCUUGUACUCUAGGCUCUAAUUUACAAAACACCACACUGAUUGUUCGAGAAAUAAGGCCGUUCACUCUGUCAGGCAUCGCAGCUUUUGAUAUCUUCGAAGGCAAAAGAGCGGGAAAUGUUUCGCGCCAUUAUCUCACGAAGGAGGUAUGUUGUGAUGCGAUAUACCUGGAACUUUGCCACCCUAUCUCGCUCUCUGAUUGGGUGAUGCAAAGGGCGUGAACAAUCAGCGCGUUGAAAUGCCAAAAACAAGAUAAAUCUAUCCCAUGACGUCAUGUUUCUUCUCUAAGAGAGCAAUAUGGUGGAAGUGAAUUUCCUAGGUAAGUUUUUCAAAUCCCACUAAAAUAAUAAUGCUUAAAAAACUGGCGUAGUUCUGACGAUCAUUCCAAUUUUGAUGCAACCCUCUUUUCACAGAUGCUACUUCUACUGUAGUUAUCUAAGUAAUAGCGUACGAAUCAAAAAUCAAAAGGUCACAUUCGGGAAAAACGCGGUCAUCGAGAGCUUCUUCUACUGGGUAGUAUUAUUCGCUUUGCAAAAAAAAAAUAGUACUAGAAAAUGUCCGUUUUCGUUUUCUCUUGGUUUUCAUUUCCCGAGCUCUUUCUUAUCGCUGAUUUUUAACUUAGUCGAUUUGUUGCGGGAGAAUUGGACCAUGAAGGGCUCCAUUUCCAUACAGGUGGCAAAUCUAAUUAGAAAAAAAAUAUCUGGAGAAAUUUCCUUCUUUUAUGGCCGGAAGGACCUUGAUUUCCCUUCGGUAUGUACAGCGAAGUAGACAAACCUUCCAGCUAAUACAAGUGGUGUUCGUUAAUGUUUUCCACGUGCUCGUACAAACGUAGGAUGGUUGAGUGGCUGUCCAAACAAAAUUUAAGAAACCUAACUUUACUAAUGGUAACUGGAUAAAGGAAAACACUUUCACGCAUUCCAACUUCAUUUUUUAGUGCAAAAAUGGAGCAGUCCAGCCAGAAAUAUUUUCUUUAAAGUAGAAAAGUAUGAAUAAUAUAAAUAUAACACUAUAAGGUUUAGCGGGCCUGAUCUGAGACUGAAAAAUCAUCGCAUAAGACACAAGCAGGGCGAUCAUUUCAUUCAUGCUUCGACGGGCAUUGAGAUAGACGUGGUGAAAAUUUCAACUAAACUGCCCCAAUCAUAAAAUAAUUGUAUCCCGUUGAAAAAAUGAUCACAGAAAACGCUUCCCAAGACGUUCUAUGCAACUAAAAGAACUCAACCAAAACGCAGGUAGUAAUAACCUCUCUCAAAUUCACCUAAAAAACAGUUGGGCUCUACGAAAAAGCCAAACGCGAGCUGAGUAAACUAAUCUACUUUCUAUGAUACAUUCAGAUAAGUGAUUGACAAGACAUGAGAUUACGGGAAGACAUGAGGUACUGGUGCCUUGUGCUGUUCAUCUCAUACCUGGCUACUGUGAACGCUGAAGGUGAGUUUUGUUCACUUAAUUACCAACUGUCGUGAGGUGACCUAUCUGUUACCAUAACUUAAUACAAAUAUGCUUUGAUCCCUUUGCUUACUUUAGAUGUGAACAUUAAUCAGUAUCCUUUUGAUUUCUCUACCACCUUUAAUUUUGCUCACCAAUUGACGAAGAGUAGUGAAAUUUACUUAUCCUCUCUAAUUCAUAUUUCCUAUUUACGACAAAUGCAAAAGGCCCACAUUGUUGCACAUACGGUUAAAAGGUAGACAGCAAAAGUUAAAAUUCUCAUCAAAUUAGUUUUAUCACGAUUUUUUCAGAUCUGUGCGAUGUCACUUACAGGGUUAUCAGAAAAAAAGAUCCACAUCAUAUGGUCAGAUUAAAGUAAAGGAUUAGGAAAACAGUAAGAAACGAAUCCAAACACAAAAGAAGGAGAACUAAAGCUGUUCUUGUUUUUACCAAUGUAUAUGAACAUUGGAUCCUUCCUCGUUAAAGUGAAGAGAUACAUUGGGAGUUUUCUUUUAUUUCAGUUCAAUGGCCAGGUGGUACAUACGGUUUACCUAUGCCUACCACAGGCUGUCCGUCAGACGGAGUCACUGAAUGGAAGACAGGUUGGACUUAUCAUGACACAGAGGACGACAAUAAUGAGAACCAGCGGUCAAACAUUUUCCACAUGCCUGGGAACUUUUCAGCGCAUGGUAUUCAGCAGAAAUUCUGCUUGAAAGAAAGUAAUAAUGGAGACAGUGGCAGCGAAAUUUGGCCUGAAGGAAAAUACUGCCUUUAUAAGAAAGGUAAGAGAGUUUUUUAAAAAACCCGAGCAGAGUUAUCCGUACGUGUCUCAUCAUGUAUCUAAUUGUUCCGAGUCAAAACAAUAUUUUUCAUUUUAAACUUGAAUCACAACUGGUUGCGUUGAAUUGAUAUUCAACUUGUUGUUGAAAACGUUAAACCGUUUCUCAGAAGUUUUGAGAAGAAUUUUCAACAAUUUUGGGUUUCAAUCACCCUCAUUUGACAAAAGUAUUGAAUAACCAAGAUUUGGUUAAUCGGAUAAUCGGCAGUGAAUAUAAAGAUAGACAGUCAGACAGACAGCCAUGAAGGCGUUACCACCAGCAUUGACUAUAAAACAUGGAGUGUGAACAUUAUUAAAAUAACGAAUGAUGAUGUUUUCCCUUUUCAGGGGUAUGUCCUAACGGACUAAAGGAAGGCUUCAUCCGUUGGGACGACGAACAAUCAGAAAUAGACUUUCAAGACAAACACUUCGGAGACCUGCCCGAUGGAGUCUACGAGAAAUCCCACACAACAAUAAAAUACUGCUGUAGUACAAAGGGAAACGUCAACAAUCCAAUUCAACUCCCUGCUCUGAGACCCUUCUAUCUUCUCACCUACGACUCAGCCCAGUGUCAGAAAGUGGCGGGAACCAAAGUUACAAGCGAGUUCAUCAAGUUUGAUGAUGAUGAUCAAGGGAAUACUGAUGCAGCAGAUGGGGCACAUCCUUAUGGACCCAGUGAAGACCCCUUUAACUUAAAGAUUUACUAUUGUUAUUAUGAGCCGGGUAAGUGUACAGCAUGAUUCAGGCAAAGAGGAAAUGUCUGCUUUGUAAUGCAGCGUAAUAGAUCAAAUAGGUAAAGGUAUCCUGCGUAAAAGGCCGACUCGCAUAGCUGCCAGAACGAAUCCUUAUUUUGAUAGUAUAGAACGACCACGGGGUUUUAACAAUAUCUAUUGGUGGAUGUUGGUAAAUCGCUGAUUACCCUUGGUAUGUCGUCAGAGAAUUUGCUUGUACCCAGUUAUACCCCUAGAUGAAGAGAGGCACUGUAAGGAGGGGAUUGUUUUUUUAAAGAACGCAUCAUAGGCACCGAGUAAUGUGACCAUCGAGUCUCCCAUAACAGAGAUGCUAAAGGAAUAAAGAACCUCCCCUCCUCACCCCCCUCCCCCCCCCUUCAUUUUGGGGAAGGUAUAUGCAGGACACCAUUAAAUUUUAGGAAUGUGUAUAUUUCCAUUUCAAUUUUCGUUCUACUUAAAGAUCAACAAAGAUUUUGUGGUUUUUCCAAAAAGACGACUGCUUGUGAAAGUCUAUGGAAGGCCGCGAUAACUAAAUUGACUGAUGACAACUGAUCGUUGAUUUACAGGGCAAGAGAGUGAAGAUGAUUUAGGAACCGGAAAGGAUGUUAAGAGCAAGGUAGGGAUUUCAAAUUAAGCAUCAUACAAAGUUUCGUUUUAGCUUUCGUACAAUCUUGUUCUUUGUUUCUGCAUCCUUAUGCCAGAAACGGUUGAAUGUUUUCCGUCAUUUCUGCCAAAUUUGAAACCAACAAAACGAGUAGCACAAAUGAAACAAUUUGCUCAAUUCUUCUUUCUUAAUUGAGUGUCGGAUGACAAAAAGCCAAAAACCACAACUAAUGAAAUCACAAUAGCUGAUCAGAACAAAGUAAUUACAUGCCCGCUGCCUGACGUGCGUAUAGACGCGGAUAACGAAGUCGCAGUUUGUUCAAGUUUGCAUCUACUUGAUAAAGAAGUUGGAGCAAAUUUUCGAAGCCAAAUACUGAGUGAAGUAUGGCAAAAUAACAAAUUCUACGCAAACAGACAAGCCUUGAAGAUGAAGCUCGCGCUUUACUGAACUAACAUUGACAAAGCCAGCUCUUUAUCCUUAGAUUCCAACAGGCAAGACUUCCAGUUCUGGUUUAGCCGUAGCCAUCGGAUGUGGUGUCGCAGGAGCCAUUGUGGGAACCGCCUCUAUUGCAUUUGCCACGAAAAGAAUCCUUGCUCACAGAGCACGCGCAGCAUAUGACCUCAUUGAUGAUCCACAGCCUGACGGACCAUGAUGACAUGAGAAGUCACCACCCAAAUAGGAAAUCACAAUGUUCAUUCGUCCCUAAACAUUACUUCACCAAAUAGAAGUGAAGAGUUUGUUUGUGGGAAUCAAAAUGAAUAAGAGUCACCUGACUUUCUUUCCCUAAAAAUCAAACCUCGCUAUGAACUCGAAAUUAAACAAGGAUUCUUUUUUGGCGUUUUUUUGGUUAAACACAUUUCGUACCCACAGACAGAAAUAUCAGAAAUAGAUCGAAAUUAUUAACUCGGAGUUUGGUACCGUAAAUAUCGCAGUUUGUCAUUCGUUUCUCGUGGUUUUAAAAAUUUCCUCAAGGAAGGAGAAUUGACGCAGCUAGUCGAACGUUUUAUGUAAAAAGACGAAGACGAGUCGAUAGUAACUAAAAAAUUGCUCUGGCAAAAUUUACUGACAGCAGUAUGGCAGUUUACGUUCAUCGUUAAAAGUUGUAA